AACACACGUUAUGUUACUUCAUCAAUCAAAAUACAUAGUUAUUCAUCACUUGUUCAGGUUUUUUGGGAGAGGAACUAAUACAUACAUAUACACACACAAUGAGUAGCUCAGCUAGAAAUUGGAUUGUGGCUGCUAGUGUUGGAGUUGUGGAGGCUAUGAAGGACCAAGGAGUGUGCAGGUGGAACUAUGCUCUUAGAAAUGUUCAACAACAUGUGAAGAGCCAUGUUAGAUCGUUUUCACAACCAAAGCAGCAGUUUUCUUCUUCUUCUUCUGCUGCUAUGGUCUCCACUACUACAGUACUCAAGAGGUCCCAGAAAGCUAAGCAAUCAGAGGAAUCAUUAAGAACAGUCAUGUACUUAUCUUGUUGGGGUCCUAACUAAAUAUUAGUAAUGAGAUCCACUUGGGACAAUAAAGCAAUUUUUCAUCUUUGAUGCUACUAGCUAGGCCAUGAAAAGUUAUGGCUUAAGUAGAAUGAGAUUUCUGUCUCUGCUUGCUGUAUCAAGCUUUGUACAAAUUCAUUAUUAUUGUAUAGUCUAUGAAAUGAAAUGGUGUUACAUGAUUGCUACAA